CUGAAACAAAGUUUAGUGAUAGUCAAAGCUUAGAGAUAUUCAUUCAUCACUAGGUACUAUUUCAAGUUGGAUGUAUGGGCUCAUUUCAUCCUUAUUAUCAAUCCCACUUUACAGAUGCAGAAACUGAGGCUCUGAGUGACUUAACACUUUUCCAAGGUCCCAGAGCUCAAAUAUGCCAGUGUGGGCAUUUGAAUCCAGGUAGUCUGGCUCCAGAGCUUAGCUCUGAAUUACGACACUACAUUGGCUCUCUAGAGUUGAAGUCUGAGCUGGGGCAGAGCCCUGGGCAGGUGGGGGCUACUAUGACGGUCUUCCGCUUGAACCUCGCCUCAUCUUGGGCUCUCUACGGAAAGCCCACCAUUAGCUGUCUAAACCAAUCAGCAUUUCAGGAAGGGGCGGGCCUAGUGGACCUCACAGCCAAUUGGUGGAUGGGAGGUGCCUAAGGACAGGUGAGAGCGCUCUCUGACAUCUAGGCUGGGAGAGGCGGGGCUAUAACCGGCACUCUGGGCCCUGCCACCCGACCCUGGGCCUCGUGCCUCUCUCGAGAGCAGGCGAGUCAAAGGGCAUGGGAGGGCCACGCGCAUGCGUGGGGUGUGCACGAGGCCCGACAGAGCACAAGGUGGCGUCGCCGAGCUGGGGUCGCGGCUGGCGGAAAAGAAGCCACUGCGCCCCUCAGCCACGUGGAGUGGGAGGGGGGCGCGGGGUUCGUUGGGGCAGGAGAAGGACGUCAUGGACCCUCGGGGACCAGCCCGCCAGCCUUUCCAGCGGCAUGAGAAACCUGGUCGGGUCCGCCGUCGGAAGACCAGGCGGGAGCGUAAUGAGGCCCUGGUGGGCAGCCGCCGGCCAACUGCCCGUCAGGAUCCUCCCAUAGUCAGUCGGGAUCCAGCUGUGGUGGUACAGGAUUCUCUGGUCCCUGCUGCCCCCAAGCUCGUGGUCAUAACCCAGGGCCGGCUGAGCCGGGAGCACCGGGGUCUGUUCAACCAUGAGGUGAAGUCCCUGGACGUGGCCCGGCUGCUUAGCAGUAGGACCCUGGAGCCCAGCACCCCCCCCACUCCUACCAGGCCCUCUCCAGGCCCAGGCAGUGGCCGAGAACCACAGUCAAGGGGCAAGGAGAACCAAGUGCCUGGAGGUUCAGGCCCAGGCCCACCCUGUUCCCCAGAGCUCCCUGGCUUGGGACAGCUCCUGAGAGAGCUGCAGUGCCAGUUAAUGCUGCCACAGGCCUUCCCCAGGAGGAACCUGGUGCAAGAGGCCAGGGAGACCAUCAUAGGCACCUUACAGGCCAGCCAUGGCUGUGUGCCUGACCUCACCCUGGUGCUCCGGGGCUGCCAGCCACCCCUGCCAGGGGUCAAGCCCAGGGAACCUGAGAGACAAAGGAUGACCCCCUCCUGGAUCAACAGCCCUGAGCAGGCCCCAGGGGAGGGGCGGCAGAGGAGGCAUCAGGGGGCAAAGGAGCUCACCUUCACCAUGGCUCACACCUCCAGCAGUCCCACUGCACACAGGGUGAGCCAGGCACCGCCAAGGGGCCUCUGGCCACCCCCUUUGCCGUCAUUGCCUUCACCAUCUGGGACAGCCUGGGGCCCCCCAACAGCCUUUGACCUGCUGAAAAGCAUCUGGCUGGUAGCCACACCACCCCCUCCCCGGCCCUGGGGGAUCGGCCCACCACAGCCCUUGCCUCAGCCACCAUCUCCCUUGUUGCCCCGAACCUCAGCUCUGGACUGGAGCCCCAGCCCCCCUGCCCCGCUUCCCAGCCUCUCCUGGGUGGUGGCCCAGAGCAGCCCUGAGGCCUGGUCCUUCCCACCCAUGAGGCUGUACUGAGGGGGCUGAGGCUAGGACUGGGGGUAGGGGGAAUCCCGCACUUCC